UGCGCGCGCCGACAUGUUGACCAGGACGUCCCGCGAGCUGCUGGAGAUCGCGGCCAUCCGCAAGCGCGUGCAGGCCCAGAAGCGCAAAACGCAGAAGUACCACGACGCCACGACGCACGGAGCUGCACCGGGGAGGAGCGAUCAGUUCUCCAGAGCCUUGUCGGCCAGUGGGGGCGUCGGCGUCCCGGCUGUUCGCCGUCCGAAGCUCACGACGCCCGUGGGCUUCGAGUUCGAGAUCGACAAGCGCGCUGCAACGGCAGAGGCCCGCAAGAGCUUGAAGAGGAAGAGCGUGGCAGUGACGGCGAAGGAGGUGGAGGCCUCAGUGGAAGAGGAUGGGAAGGCCGAUGUUGAGAAGAGCGAGCCGCCACUGAAGCAUCGGCGAAAGUCCACAGCCGCAUGAGUGAGCGACAGUGCUGUGGUCGCUGGCCUUGCGACUUACUAAUGAUGAUUUAAUGCCAUUUUAUUUCUAC